UAUACUACACUAUAGAAGAAGAAAAUGCCUACUGCGCAUGUUCGCCGCAACACAAACUCGAGUUUAUGCUAGUGUUGUUUAUCUUUUCCAUUGUCAUUUAAAAUACGGUGUGCUUCUUUAAAAUGCCACCGAAGGGCAAAAGCGGUGGCAAAAAUGCUAAAGGAGCUGCUUCGGGAAGUGCAGAUGCCGAGAAGAAAGAUAAGACACCUAAAGGGGGCACUGCUGUCAAGGUCCGUCACAUCCUCUGUGAAAAACAUGGAAAAUGCAUGGAGGCAAUGGAGAAACUGAAGUCGGGAGUUCGUUUCAGCGAAGUGGCUUCACAAUACAGCGAAGACAAAGCAAGACAAGGAGGUGAUCUGGGUUGGAUGACUCGAGGAUCCAUGGUUGGACCUUUCCAGGAUGCUGCUUUUGCCUUGUCUGUUUCUUCCAUGGACAAGCCUGUUUACACAGACCCUCCCGUCAAGACCAAAUUUGGAUACCACAUCAUUAUGGUGGAGGGGAAAAAGUAGCCAGGAGCGACGUGAACUCAGGACAUUCAAUUCUACAUUUGUGCUGUCACGUUUUACUUCCUUGAUGCAAUGAUGGUAAAUAGAGAAAAAUGAAAUGAUACUUUUACUGUGUCUUGUCACCGUCAUUGUACACUACCAUAGCAUGGUAGUUCUUCUCUUUUUUAAACAAAUGAAAGUUUAUCAGUUACACAGUUAAUUAAAGGUGGUGAAAAAAUUAUAAUUCACCAAUGAAGG